AUGGCUACAAUGCAUCCCACCUCAAACCAUUUAUCUGACGAGUUAAGGGCAUUCUUCGACACACUGGAUGAACCGUGCCAUGAAGAACGGAUCGUGGCCGCCGAUAUCGAACAAUCGGCCGAGGAGCAGCGUUUGGGUGGAAAAUUCCCAAAGAUUGCUACCGUAGUCAUCUCUUACGGGCUAUAUCGGUGA